GCGCCCGCCCGCCGCCCCCAGCAACUCCCCGGGCCGCCCCGGCCUGGCCCUCCGCGCGCGGCCCCCACUCCCCAGCCCCGCGCUCCCCCCACCCCCCACGUGGCUCCCCAACUCGGCGCGGGCCGGCUCAGCAAAGUACAGAACUCGUGUCCCAGUGGAAUAGAAGAUGAACGCAACUGAAUUCAGUGAAGAUGUAGAAGAAGUUCUGAAAAAUAACACUGUGAAAGUGGAGACAGAGGCCGAAGAUGCUGCCCUGGACUGCUCGGUGAAUUCCAGGUCCUCCGAGAAGCACCCUCUGGACGGCGUCUUCACUGCCCUCCAGGACUCCAGCAAGAGGAAGCAGCCCGGCGGCAGCGGCGACGGCCCGCCCGACCCGGUUCCAAGCGUGAAGCGGCGGCGGCUGAUUCCCGAGGCGCUCCUAGCAGGCAUGCGGAACCGGGAGAACAGCUCGCCCUGCCAGGGCAACGGGGAGCAGGCGGGCAGGGGCAGGAACUCGGGCUCGGUGUGGCCCGGCGAGGAGGAGCCGGGCAAUGACGUGACUACGCCCUCCUACAAGAAGCCUCUGUACGGCAUCUCGCACAAGAUCAUGGAGAAGAAGAACCCUCCCCCUGGGGACGUGCUCAACACGUACGAGCUCUUUGAGAAGGCGAAUCCCAGCAACAGCCCCUCACCACUGCGGCUCCUGAAUGAGCCACAGAAGCGGGACUGUGGCGGUGGCGCGGCGGCCACCGACGGCGACCCCAACAUCUACUUUCUCAUCCAGAAGAUGUUCUACAUGCUCAACACGCUCUCCUCCAACAUGUCGCAGCUGCACAGCAAGGUGGACCUGCUGUCCCUGGAGGUGAGCCGCAUCAAGAAGCAGGUGAGCCCCACGGAGAUGGUGGCCAAAUUCCAGCCGCCCCCCGAGUACCAGCUCACGGCGGCCGAGCUCAAGCAGAUCGUGGACCAGAGCCUGUCAGGCGGCGACCUGGCCUGCCGCCUGCUGGUGCAGCUCUUCCCCGAGCUCUUCAGCGACGUGGACUUCUCCCGGGGCUGCAGCGCCUGCGGCUUUGCGGCCAAGCGGAAGCUGGAGUCGCUGCACCUGCAGCUCAUCCGCAACUACGUGGAGGUCUACUACCCAUCGGUGAAGGACACGGCCGUGUGGCAGGCGGAGUGCCUGCCCCAGCUGAACGACUUCUUCAGCCGCUUCUGGGCCCAGCGGGAAAUGGAGGACAGCCAGCCCAGCGGCCAGGUCGCUGGCUUCUUUGAGGCCGACCAGGUGGACUCGGGCCAUUUCCUGGACAACAAAGACCAGGAGGAAGCCCUGUCCCUGGACCGGAGCAGCACCAUCGCCUCGGACCACGUGGUGGACACACAGGACCUCACUGAGUUCCUGGAUGAAGCCUCUUCGCCGGGGGAGUUCGCCGUCUUCCUUCUCCACCGGCUCUUCCCCGAGCUCUUCGACCACCGGAAGCUGGGCGAGCAGUACAGCUGCUACGGGGACGGCGGCAGGCAGGAGCUGGACCCGCAGAGGCUGCAGAUCAUCCGCAACUACACAGAGAUCUACUUUCCCGACAUGCAGGAGGAGGAGGCCUGGCUGCAGCAGUGCGCCCAGCGCAUCAAUGAUGAGCUCGAGGGCUUGGGGCUAGAUGCGGGCAGCGAGGGCGAGGCCGCGCGGGAUGACUGCUACGACUCCUCCAGCCUGCCCGAUGACAUCUCCGUGGUCAAGGUGGAAGACAGUUUCGAGGGCGAGCGGCCUGGCCGGCGGUCCAAGAAGAUCUGGCUGGUGCCCAUCGAUUUCGACAAGCUGGAGAUCCCGCAGCCCGACUUCGAGGUGCCGGGCGCCGACUGCCUGCUCAGCAAAGAGCAGCUACGCAGCAUCUACGAGAGCAGCCUGUCCAUCGGCAACUUCGCCUCGCGCCUGCUGGUGCACCUGUUCCCCGAGCUCUUCACCCACGAGAACUUGCGGAAGCAGUAUAACUGCAGCGGCUCCCUGGGCAAGAAGCAGCUGGACCCGUCUCGCAUCAAGCUCAUCCGCCACUACGUGCAGCUGCUCUACCCGCGGGCCAAGAACGACCGCGUCUGGACGCUGGAGUUCGUGGGCAAACUGGACGAGCGCUGCCGGCGCCGGGACACGGAACAGAGGCGCUCCUACCAGCAGCAGCGCAAGGUCCAUGUGCCAGGCCCCGAGUGCAGGGACCUGGCCAGCUAUGCAAUCAACCCUGAGCGGUUCCGGGAGGAAUUUGAGGGGCCCCCACUGCCCCCCGAAAGGAGCAGCAAGGACUUCUGCAAGAUCCCCCUGGACGAGCUGGUGGUGCCCUCGCCCGACUUCCCGGUGCCUUCGCCGUACCUGCUGUCAGACAAGGAGGUGCGCGAGAUCGUGCAGCAGAGCCUCUCCGUGGGCAACUUCGCCGCCCGGCUGCUCGUCAGGCUCUUCCCCGAACUCUUCACCGCCGAGAACCUGCGGCUGCAGUACAACCACUCCGGGGCCUGCAACAAGAAGCAGCUGGACCCCACGCGCCUGAGGCUUAUCCGCCACUAUGUGGAGGCCGUGUACCCGGUGGAGAAGAUGGAGGAGGUGUGGCACUACGAAUGUAUCCCGAGCAUCGACGAGCGGUGCCGCCGGCCCAACAGAAAGAAAUGCGACAUCCUGAAGAAAGCCAAGAAGGUGGAGAAGUGAUGGGCACCUCGGGGCACUGAGCCUUCUUCGGGAGCACACGAGGGUCCACAGCUUUGUCCACAGCCGCGCACCUUAUGUCGGAGGGGAGUGGCCUACUGCAUUUGCACACGUAAUCGCUCAGCCAGCUACAAGACAGAAGCCUUUCAUUUGGUCUCUUUUAUGACGUUUGUCCUGUGCUCCUGGUGGCACUGCUGGAGUCUGGGGCGGGGGUGGAGAGCUGAGCCUUGAGAGCAGAGAGUCAGGGUUCCCGCUCCUUGGCAGUGUCGCCCCAAACCCCUCACAAUUUGAAAUGCAAAUUGAGCAACACUCUUGUUUUGCUUCCCACAUUUUACAUCUUCCAUUUUUAUCAAUUUUUUUUAAUUAAAAAGGAAACCGUUUUUAAGAAAAUCAGUGGGCUCUAUGGAAGCCAUUUUGCUUAGAAAAAAAAAUCUUUUAAAUAUUUGAGAUGAAGUACUGUAAGAUGACUUAAGUUGCUGGGAUUUUUUUUUUUUUAAGAUGGUUUCAGAUAAUGAAAUUUUUAGAAGUGCCAUGUUCAUGCAUGAUGGCUAAUAAUAGCUUCAGGUUGCAUAGAAAUGGAUGUUACUGGCCUUGUCUUUUUCAUCAGAUUUUGGAAGAGUCAAGAUGCCUCUCAGAUGGCAGUAGAGGGGAUGAAAUAGCUUGAUGUCCUUUUGUCCAUGGUCAGUCCUGCUCUCCCUCCCACUGUAGUGCCGAGGAAGGGGCUCAGGGGGUGGCCUGGCCUGUCCCACAUUGCUGCGCCGGUAGAAUGUUGUGCUCACUCUGUAGCCGAGAACACUGGAUGAUGAUGAUGAUGAUAUGAAUGUAGAUAGACGUGGUAACACGUUCACAAUGUCUUCAUUUGAACUGUGUCCUUCUACUGCCCCCUUUCCUCUCUAAACGAGGUUGCUGGUUGGAGGGGCAGACACAUUUCCUUGGAAAAGAGUGUGUGUGGAUAUUUGGCUUCUUGUUUGAUUUAAGGAUGGGUCCCUUGGGGCUCACCAAGAGCUGUUUACUUUCCAUGUGUUUAAUUGUACAAAACCCGGGUUCUGGGAGCUGGAUGGUGACGCACCACAUGUUAGUGUCAGCUCCUCCAGUCAGUACACAUCCUCGUUCCUCAGGGCAGGCCCAGGCCUUGGGGCCUCUUGGGGAUACCUGCUAUUGGCAGGACACAGACCAUCUCAAAUGGGGCACCCAUGUCCCUUCCCAGGGUCCACUCAGAGCUUUCCCCUUGCAUCCCGUAGAAGACCCUGCUGUCCUACAUCUGGCCAGUCCUUUGGCCUCAGGGUAAGACACCUCUUCUCUCCCCUCUGGUUGGGAAGGUCACACUGAUCCAGGCCAAUGGCAUGUUCUCUGGGAUUCCAACCAGGAAACUCCCCAACAGGUAAAGAAAGUCCUUAAUGGGAAAACAAUACUUUUUACCUCCCUGAUAUUGUGCCUAAGAGGGAAAGGAAACAGUCUACCCAAACUGAAUACACAUCCCACCGGAAAGCUAGAAAAUGAAUUGAUUCAGACAGGGUAGAUCUAAAACCCUUGUGAAAUAUUACAGAUUUAAUAACCUUGAUGGCCUAAUAUUUUGCUACCUUAAAAUGCAGAAAUAAACAAUCUGUGAAUUUUCUUUAUACAGAUGAGGGCUUCAGUUCCAGUGGCUGUAUGAUGGAAUUUUGCCUGCACCCAAUGGGCAUUUUUUGUUUUUUAACAUGACAGGAUUUUGAGCAAUGUAAAGUUGCUGAUCUAACUUUAGUAAAUUUGCUUUGUCAUGGUAUUUACAGAUUAUUUCUUUUGAAACUUCGGACCUAAAUUAUUGCAGUUCAGAAAUGCACAGGGACUUCAUCAUGACCCUCUCCUACCCACCCACACAUGCACACACACAUUUCUUAGUAGAAAACUGAAGUGAGAUGAAGGGGACCGACAUGAAGAACAAGUUCAACCUCUUUGUGCCUGGAAAGGAGGAGAACUGGAGCAGCCGGAGACUCGCUUCCCCUCACCCGGGCCUUUCUCUAUGCCUUAGUCUCUCCAGCACACACCUGCAUGGCCGCUCGCGCAUGCGCGCAGGGCCGACCCAAAGAUGGCGUUGGCGCUCUCGCUCCCCGGUCCUGUGGGUGGGAGGGUGCCCGUGGAAUUUCUUCUGGUCUCUAGGAUGUAUCCAAGAGGAUUCCAAGCCAUGUGAAAACCGCCCUGCUUUCUAGAGGGUGGAAUGUGACCCUGCAACUUCAGAAGCACAAUCAUUUAAUAGUUUUUUUUAAAGAGCAUCCUAUCUACCCACAGUGAGACAUCAACAGGUUCUAGGAACGGAAUGUGUUUAUAACCUAGAGCGUGCUCAAUUUUUGGAAACUGCAUUUUGGUGUUUUCCUGAAUAUCUUUCCCUUGUAGGGCUUUCUCCCCCCGCCCAAAUCCUAGAGUCCCUUUCAGUGAAGAGAGGUGGACGCUAUCUGUGAGCUGUUUCUUUUCUCUCUCGACUGACUCAUCAGGAACCGCCUUCUGGUCCGGGGUCUGUCUGUGUGGUGUCCUCGGUGCUCGAGCCAUACAGGUGCGCUCUAGGAGCAGUGUUUUUGUUUUUGUUUUUACACAAAGCAAUAGAAGUAUAAAAAUGCUAUUUUUUUUUUCAAAAUUUGUGUUCCGUAAAAUCUGUUGGCAAAACCCCUUCUCCUAAUUACUCUUCUCCUUCAUCUAAAGUCUUUGAUUUUUACUUGUUUGUUUAUUGGGAUCCUUCCCCGCUCAUAUCCAGAGGACUAAAGAAGUAGCACAGACACAUUCUGAUGUUAAGUAAAAUAGCAAGUCACAAUAGGUGGUAGUGUCCCUCUGUUAGUAAGAUUUAAAAGAAUGUAUGAAGAUAGUCAUGAAUGUACUAAGUGUUCUAAUCCUGCUUCAGUUCACUUUGGCUGUGUCUACAUGACCACACACGUUUGACAGGGAGUAAAGUCAUGUCCAGUGUCGUGGGUGUUAGUGUGCCCCUCCCCCUUCAGCGCUGGCCCCCAACCUUCCUUUCUGCUUAGGUUUGGAGGGAGGGGCACCGCGUCAGCAGCUGUCAUCAACCCGCCAAUGGGAUCUACUUAGGGGUGAAUGGAUUAACUGUUUUAAUGCUGAGUCACUGGUCUGACCACACCUCAGCGUGGCCACUCAGGUGCUUGCAGAGAUGGCCUCAGUUUCCAUCUUUCCCCACAAAUGUUUGCUUCUUGCCUGAUGGAGGAGGGUCUCGAGAGCCCUUACUGGAGGUCACUGAGCUCUUACCCUUCCUCGCUGUGUAGAUAGAUGAUACAAUAUGGGGGCGGGGAGCCCAUGGGGCUCUUACUGCCAUUUGGAAAUGUUGCCUCGAGUAGAUCCAGCCUUAAUGUUGUUCUGACAUCCUAGUGAUAGCAGACCCUGCACAAAGUGGAUAUCAGAGUUCAUACUGUGAGGAGACAAAAUAAUGAGAAUAGUUUUACCAAAGAUAAUGAAAUAUCGCAUUGUCUGCAUUUUACCAUUGAUUUGAGCGUGUCUUUAGAAAACUGAAUGUAACAAAAACCCAGGACAAUUUUGGAAAUUGUAUGCUCUCUAGCAACUUUGUGUGAAUUUUUAUACAAGCACUGUUUUAUGAGUUAUAUAAAAUGUUAUAAAAA